AUGGGCACUGGAUCUCACAAACGCCGCCGCGCGGACGCGCCGAGCGACGACGCGUCGAGCGUGGUGCCGACCGAACUCGAAGCCACGGAGGCAGAGUUGAAGCAGGUGAAGAAGAAGCUGAAGAAGUUGAAAGCGAAGAAGAAGGAGCUGGAAGAGACGAGGGCGUUCCUCGCGACGAAAGAGGCGAGUCUCCGACCUCAGCCCGUCGCCUUUCAGCCCGACGAGAACGUCGCGUGCGCGGUGCUCUCGAAGAUCGCGGACGUCCCGACCCGGCUCGCCCUCGCGCGGGUGAGCAAGGUCUGGUUGAAAGCGUCGAAGGAAGCCGAGUCGCUGCCCGCGUCUCUCGACUUUAGCGGCUGCCGUUCCACGUGUACGAGUUUUCACGAACAUAUAACGUACAUCCUGGGAAUCAACGGCAUACCGAAGCUGCCUGAGGCGCACUUCAUGAGCCUGCUGCGUGAUACGGGUGCAAGCUCUCAGAGUUACUAUUGGUUUCUUAGCAGGCACCACGACCUUAUGGAGCAGUACCCGGAGGCGUUUGAGUGCUAUGAGAAGGCUCUCGCCGCGGGCGAUGACAGCGCCAACCUUUUUCUCGGUAAUUGUUACCAAUACGGCCAAGGCGUGGAGAUCAAUCCCGCUAAGGCGUUUGAAUGUUAUCUCAAAGGUGACGCUCGCAAGGUUCCUAUGUGCUCGAACGAAGUCGGCGACUGUUACGAAAAAGGAUUCGGCGUCGAUAAAGAUAUGUACAAGGCGGUCGAACACUGGCGCAAGGCUGCGAGGGGGGGCGACCCGGAGGCGAAGGAAAGUCUCGCGCACCACGGUCACCCUGUCAGCGGCCUGCCCGUCUAA